CCAAAUGCUCCAAUUUAUGUCACAUUAAGGAAGGUUGAUGCAACUGUAAAGUUAGUAUGGCUGCCUCCAAAGAAUGGAGAACAAAAAGACCUACUUUACGAAAUUAUAUAUAACUUUGACAACAACAAAGUUCUGAAAACGUGUCAAACAAGGAAUAAUUAUCACUCAAUUGAGAUUCCAAAAAAUGCUGGAUUGUUCAAGGCUGCAGUUGGAGCCAAAUUGGAAGAUUCAAGUUCAAAACAAGUUCCCUCUGCCUAUUCCUCGUUUAAAUAUCUGAACUUGCGAGAAAAUGAAGGUGGAAAUGACGAAGAAGACAUUUCUGAAGCUCCACCGAUUCCUCCGAUAACAUCUAGUAGUACAUUACAGAUGGAUGUCUUUGAGUUCCAGCCAAUUGAUUCGGAAGUCCGGAUAGAUCUUUCCAAGGAUGGCCAGUAG